GAAGAUGUUAAUUGAAUUUAUCGCAAAAAUAUUCUCGACAUCAAAACAAUUCAACAGGAAAUGCCGGUUACAACCAAGGCACCGAAAACAACAACACAUCCACCGAAACUUUCAUUAACGUAUUUAAAAUCCUUGACAAAUAUUGAAGACAUACAAGAAUGUCUUCAAUUAUUAGAUUUGGAAGAAAAUCAAGUUGAUAAUAAUUUGGAUGAGUUAUUAGAGAGAAGAUCAAAACUUGAAUCAGAAUUAGAUAAAUUGGAAGUUUUAAGGCCACAAUUAGGUACAUUACAUACACAAGCAGCAAAUUUAUUAAACAUAAUAAAUAGUACUUCGUUAGUAGCAGAACGAAUUAGCGCACAAGUACGGCAAUUAGAUUUAGAACAAAGUAGAGUUCAAGAAUCCAUAAAACUUGUUGAAGAUGUACAGGAAUUAAAACUUUGUAUUACUGGUUUACAUCAAGCAAUGUAUAUGAAGGAUUAUGAAACUGCUGCUUCAUAUGUUAAUCGGGUAUCAGCAUUAGAUAAAAAAAUACUUGAAGGAGAAUUUGCAGAAAAUUCUGUACCUUCAUCCGAAUAUCCUGAUAUACCAACAAAAACUUUAUGUGAUGCGAAAGAAAAUCUCUUUGUUAUUUUUAGUAGAGAAUUUGAGGCAGCUGUUUAUAAUAGAGAUCAGGAAAACAUAAGUAGAUUUUUUAAGUUAUUCCCUUUAAUUGGAAAGGAAACUGAGGGAUUAGAUAAAUAUUCAAAAUUUGUUUGUGGUAUUAUUGCAGGAAAGAGUCAAGCAAAUUUGGCUGAAAUGGCUAUUGGAACAAACUUUUAUGGAAAUGUGUUGACCAAACUUUUUGAGAAUAUAGCACAUAUUAUAGAUCAGCAUCAAUCUGCUGUUGAAACACAUUAUGGUCCAGGAAAGAUGAUUCGAGUUAUUGAAAGACUCCAAGAAGAAUGUGAUAAACAAAGCCAAAUUAUCCUGGAUACUUUUUUUGAUGAAAGACAAAUUCAGCGAAAAUUGUUAGAUAUUCAAACGCAUUAUAAUACACAAAAAAGAUUUUCAGGUCUGCAAAAGCCUGGACAAUUAAAAGAAGUUGAUAUUAUACCAGAUCCAAGAGAACUUGAUGUUAUAUUAUCAGAAUUAGCAAUGAUUAGUGCAAGAACUCACUUAUAUUAUCGAUUUUUGGAAUCAAGAACUAAACUGGAAGUAGAAGCAAUGCAAGUUAAUGGUACUGAUGUUUCACUGUUAGAAAAAGACGCCAAUAAGUAUGAUUCAUCAGUUAUUAUCAAAAAUAGUGGCUUAUUAAAACAAGUAAAAUCAUUAAUGAAUGAUUUUGUUGUUAUAGAGGAAUAUUUCCUUAAAAAAUCUAUUGAGAAGGCUAUGAGAAUAGACAAAUAUGAAGAAGGAAGCACUUCGUCAAGUUGUGUUGAAGACGUGUUUUAUAUUCUCAAGGAAUGCUUAACAAGAACUGUAAUGACAUCUGAUAUGGAAUGUUUAACAUCAAUGGUUAAUUUAGUUAAUCAAAGUUUGAAAGAUGAUUAUCUUGCUUUAUUUAAAGAGAGACUGUUAACCGCAUUCGCAACUGCAGAACCAAAAGAUGCAAAAUUUGGUUAUAUGAUUUUAUUGAACAAUUUGGAUGUUAGUUGUGAUUAUACGCAAAGACUUACAUCAGAAUUAAUAACAAUUCCUUCAAUUACUAAAAAUGAUUAUAAAAUAGUUGAAAAAUGGUUCACUUCAUUAAAUAAUAUUACUACUGAUAAUUUUAAACCAAUAUUACAAAGUGGAUUAAAUGAACUUUUUACUCAAAUGAUUAAACCAAGAAUUAGACCUAUUUUACAAGAAGCUUAUAAAGAUAUUAAAUAUGUAUUAGAUGAAGAUGAAUAUCAUGAACAAGAAGCAGAUGAUAAUUUUGCUAAAAGAUUUGUAACUGGAUUUGAUAAUUUAAUUAAAGUUUAUCAGGCAACAUUUACAGAAAAUAAUUAUAAUCAAAUUAUGAUACAUAUUUUAGAAUCUGUUAUUAAUUUGUGGGAAAAAACUGUUUUUGUAACAAAAUUCACUCAGUAUGGUGCAUUAAGAUUUGAUAAAGAUUUGCGAUCUGUAACUAAUUAUUUUUCAGCUAAAAUGCAAUGGCCAUUUAGAGAUAAAUUUACUAGAUUAAAUCAAAUUUCAACUUUACUUAAUUUGGAAUCUUUAUCUGAAAUUUAUGAAUAUUGGGGAAGUACUACUAAAGCAACAAGUUCAAUUACAUGGAGAUUAACUGUUACUGAAAUAAAAAAGAUAGUUGGAUUACGAAUUGAUUUUAAUGCUGAAGAAAUUUUAAAAUUAAAACUAUAGAAUUAAUAAAUUACAAUUU